GCAAUAUCUUUUAUAAAAUCCACCAAAGGCAAGGUUAUAUUAGCCACUGUUGCUGCACUUCACAUUACAAUUUUUGUGGCAAAACCUUCGUUUUUCAAGGGCGAGAGCAGAACAAAACCACAACCUACCGCGCCUAAAUACAUGCCUAGUGAUAACUAAAAGACCUUGAAAAACCAAUUACCACAAAAAAGUGUAUGGAAAAACUAGUAAAGGAAAAACUAUAUUAAUACAUGAUUCAUAAAAGAACUGCCGCAUUUUCUCGUAGUGUAGUCUACUGUAAAGAGCUCGUCAGAAACAUGAGUGAACUAAUAAAACACAGUGUUUAUGUGACUCGCUCUGAUAUGCCUAAUGUUGGGAUAGACUUAUUAAAAAGAGAGUGUAAUGUUAAAAUAUGGGAUAAGCCAUCACCAGUUCCCAGAGCAGAUUUUCUAAAAGAAGUUGUUGGCACAAAUGGUAUUUAUUGUGCUUUAACUGAUAAAAUUGAUAAAGAAUUAUUGGAUGCUGCUGGACCUAACCUUAAAGUUGUUGCAACAAUCUCGGUGGGUUAUGACCAUAUAGAUGUGCAUGAAUGCAAGAAAAGAGGAAUCAAAAUCGGAUAUACACCUGAUGUAUUGACAGACGCAACAGCAGAACUAACUCUUGCACUACUUCUUUCCACAUCACGACGUCUUCCUGAAGCUCAGCAUGAAGCUCGGACCGGUGGAUGGGUCUCAUGGGCACCUACAUGGAUGACAGGACCUGGUCUUGCUGGUUCUACUGUUGGUAUUGUUGGUUUUGGCCGAAUAGGUCAGGCAGUUGCUCGAAGAGUCAAAGCAUUUAAUACUUCAAGAAUCCUAUACUUCAACCGCAGUGAAAGGCCAGAAGCUAAAGAAACAGGUGCAAUUAAAGUGAGCUUUGAUGAUCUCCUUAAAGAAAGUGAUUUUGUUAUUUGUUGUGCUGCUCUUGUACCAGAAACCAAAGAAAUAUUUAACAAAACUGCUUUUGACAAGAUGAAAAAUACAGCUGUUUUUAUUAACACCAGUCGAGGUGGGACAGUCGACCAAAAUGCUUUGAUUGAAGCUCUGAAAACCAACAAUAUAAGAUCAGCAGGUUUAGAUGUGACCACACCUGAACCACUGCCACUAGACAGCCCCUUAUUUAAAUUAAAAAAUUGUGUUAUUUUACCUCAUAUUGGUAGUGCUUCUAUUGAGGCUAGAAAUAUAAUGAGCGAGCUCACAGCUAAUAAUAUACUUGCAGCACUUAAUGGUAAAGAGAUGCCUGCAGAAUUAAAAUAAUGAAAGUCAGAUAAAAAUAAAUGUUAUAUUGCAUUUUAAGUAUUUAUCAAAAUAGAAAUACUAUUUUCGUU